GGAAAGAGGCUCAGCCCAGUCUCUCCUGUUGCCCCAUGUCAGUCUCAUUAUCCAUGUCACUUCCUGUCUCUCAUUACAUUUGUAAAUGUAACACUGAUUGCUUAGAUACCAGAUGGACACCCAGUCAGUAUGUGGAGAGAGCCCUGUCUGCUGUGUUCACCCUGUAUGUGUCCUCAUUUCAAAAACUCAUGGACAAGGACAACUGAAGACACACGACCGUGGAGGAAAAACUCAACAUGGACAGUGAGAAGCAAGAUUUCUCGAAAGAAAACAUCACCAAAGAGGAUCUGCUGAGACUGUGUUGGCUGAAGCGUUUCCGAGAUAAUCUCCAUAAGUCCUCAGCAAAAGGGACAGAGCACAAGAGGGCACUCACACUACCACACGUAGAUCUCCAGAAGAAGGCACCAACAGAGCAGGAAAAGAAGACCUCAGUGGAGGAAGGAGAAGCAGAAAAGCCAAAAGCUGGAAAGAAAGUUGCGACAGCCUCUCUGAGUGACAUGAGGCCAGUCACCCCUGAGGUGCGCGCCCUGCUGUACGACGGAUUCUCUAAAGAGGAGAAAGGCAGAUACCAAUACCUAAAGGCCCGGACAAAAAAAGGCCCCAGUGAGAAAUAUGAGCAUGCCCUCACCACUUCCUGGGAUUAUGGCUGGAAAUUAGGUGAGAGACUUACCCAAACAAGGUUAGGGCUGAUGGUGUUGCUGCUUAGGGUUUUCGGGUCAGUGUUACUGGGAGUGGGGUGAGGUCUGUGUUGGGCAAGAGCCAGUGUUGCUGCUCAGGGCAGGGAUCUGUGUUAGUUGUUGGGGGGGGGUUUCAGUCUUACUGGGCAGGGAGUUGGGGCCAAUGUUACUGGGCAGGGGUCAGUAACAUCAGGAGGGGCCACUGAGCUCAUUGACCCAAGGAACUGGAUUAGUACAUGGUUAGAGGUUGACCUUUCACUUUCUCGUUGGACCUUGUGUCAAACACUGUCCAGCAGACCUGGUUCACAUCUGGGCUCAAAUCCAUUCUGGACACUGAUGCUCUCUUUCUCUGGAUGGCAAAGCAGACCUUCAGUAGAAAUGCUUGCUCAAUCGUGAUUCUUUAUAAUCAGGCUGAGUUCAAGGAUUAUUUGGCAUUUGGGCUCAAUACGAUCAGACUACUUUCAAAGUUCUUCAGUUCAAUUUAUUUUUAUAAAAUUUCAGUUAAUAAUAGGUUUAGCUCAAUGUUAUCUCAUAUAUUGGGACUGAAUAGUAUAUAGAGUAAAUCUCUCUCUACAUUGUCCCAUCAAGCACUCCCAGGACAAGUACAACACAGGUUAGAUACAGAGUAAAACUCCUCCACUGUCCCAUCAAACAUUCCCAGGACAGGGUUAGAUGCAGAGUAAGUUGCCUCUCAUUUUUAACCUCAUUAACAUGACCCAAUCUCAGAGUUUCAGUGUUACUGUGACACUCACAAUUCCCUUCAAAUUGGUGUUCCAUUGAGAAGCUUUGCAAUAUUUUUCCAAACCUAUUUUAUAUUCUAGGCUUGGAAAAUGCAGAGUGAGCAGAGCUUUGCCUUGUGUCUGCUCUGGGUCACUGUACUCAGAUGAGUGCUCAUCCACCUUAACCCAAGUGUACAAUGAGCCAUGUCAGGAAGGACUGACCAUCUGGUGGGAAAAUCAAGAGUAGUUCAACCAAUUGCUGUGCUUCUCUCCUGACAGAGGAUAAUGUUGAGUGCAAGAAGCCUUCUUUUGGGCGAUCGGCAAUGGUGGAAACUGCUUUCUACCGAAGAAAUGGUAUCUUUGGCAGACAAGCACCAAAUGAUAUUUUGGAUUAGUUGGGAGUUGGCCAAGGAAUCAGGAUGUCUCACGGUGCAGUUUUGAAGACUGAACUUUCUGAUUUCUGAUCAUAGCUCAGGCCAGGACCCUCAGGCUGCAUUGUUGCUGCUCCAAGAGAUGGUAGGACUCACUCAGUAACUCAGACCACCACCCUAUCUUUAAUAGAUUCUGAGGUAAACAGAGUCAUUCUAAUAAAACUUUGAGAGAAAUGCAUACAGCUCUGGUUUCUCCUUUGGGGCCUGUACAGAUGGGAGCAUUGUGUUCUCUGAGGACUGUAAUGAGGAUGUGUCACAGUUUCUGAGGGGCUAUACAGAGACAGCACAUUCUCUGAGGGGCCAUACGGAGAGUUCCAUUUCUGUGUGUUGAUACAUGUCUGGGAGAGACAGAGAGGGAAAGUUGACGAUUAGCCUAGCAAUAAUUAGUGUGUUUAUGAAUGACCAGUUUACAAAGCAAGGCCUUGGAGCUGAAACAUGUUUCAGAAUAUGAUUGUUCCAAUGUUCACCUGGCUGGGCUUCCAUCUUUCACCUUCUGUUAUAAACUUCUGUUCACUCGAAACUGUUACCCAUAUGGUAACUCACUCCAAAUCUCAUUCACCCAUCACCCUGUGCUUGCUGACUGUCACCUGCCCCAUGUCCCACAACACCUACAUUUUUAAAACCCUCAUGGUUUUCAAAUCCUUUCAUGGCCUCAUCCUGUCCUGCCAGUUUAACCUUCUCCAGCCCUCUAAGCUUUUGAGAUCU